AUGGCGAGACCAGAGAGCCGAGAAGAGGAUGAUGUUGUGGAAGACUUGUUUUCGAAGCUCGAGCAGGCCCAGAACGAUCCGGAUGAACUCAUAUUCGAUUGCUGUCUCGAGGAUGUCCGAGAACUUGCGAUCUCGGCCUGCAAGCAUACGAUGUACACGCUCGCUGCAUCAGGCCCGAAGAUGAACAGAGAGCAGCGGUCUCUUGAAGAGUUUCUGUACCCGACGACCUUCUAUCUACCACUCCGUAUAAUGAUUGGGAAACUGCAAGCUGUCAGAAUAGACGACAUAUCCAGCUUCGCCAGCAUGUACGAACCAGGACCUGUACGCUGGGAAAUGGAUCUCGCGCCCCGGUCUGCUUCUGCGCCAGCCCUCACUCCUUCGGCUGAGAUAUGCUUUAUCGAGGAUCUCUUCAUGAGGAGAGUCCUCAAAGUCUCCAAAAACGGUAAAUCGUGUGUCUUCAAAUCACCAACUCCCAGCAACGAAGACCAGCUCCAACGAGAGAUUAAUGUCCUGCAGCAAAUAUCCGAGAUAUGGCCUCCAGAUUACCCGUGUCGCCCACAUGUUCCGCGGUUUCUUGGUCUCGAGUUCGACAUAGCUGGUGCCUCCGCCACGCAGCGCCGAAAGUGGAAGGAUCAGAUCGAGCAGUCUAUCAGCCUACUGCACCAGAAUGGCAUUGUCUGGGGAGAUGUGAAACCAAGAAAUAUCAUAAUCGACAAAUCGGCCCACGCGUGGCUGGUCGAUUUCGGCGGCAGCUGGACCAACGGCUGGGUCGACGAGGAUCUGGCUGAGACUCUUGAAGGCGACUUGCAGGGGCUACGCCGGGUAGCAGAGUAUCUGGGCGUCCAGGACUGA